ACCACCCAAAUCACUGAAUAUGUUUGAAAUAAGCCGAACACUCAACGCCGCCUUGUUGAGCAAUGAGGGCUCGACAGAGACACAGUGGCGUCAGGCAGAGCUCCCGCAGCUCCAGGGCUGGGCAGAGAAAGGAUUGCUGACACAGCCAAAGAUGAUCAUCAGUAACAUGGAGGCUCCAGUAACAAACGGCCCGAGUGGAGGAGGUAACACGGCCAACGGUCCGACCUCCAACAGCCGCGGCUGCCCCUCGCCCAUGCAGACUGGCUCCUCUAAUGACGACAGCAAGACCAACCUCAUUGUCAACUACCUGCCCCAGAACAUGACCCAAGAGGAGUUCCGCAGCCUCUUUGGAUCCAUCGGAGAGAUUGAAUCCUGCAAGCUAGUCCGCGACAAGAUCACAGGACAGAGCCUGGGCUACGGCUUUGUCAAUUACAUUGACCCAAAGGAUGCAGAGAAAGCCAUCAACACGUUAAAUGGACUCAGACUUCAAACCAAAACGAUCAAGGUGUCUUACGCACGGCCCAGCUCAGCCUCUAUCCGUGAUGCUAACCUGUAUGUGAGCGGCCUGCCCAAGACCAUGACCCAGAAGGAGCUGGAGCAGCUCUUCUCUCAGUACGGACGCAUCAUCACAUCCCGCAUCCUGGUGGACCAGGUCACAGGUGGUUCCCGAGGUGUGGGCUUCAUUCGCUUUGACAAGAGGAUAGAAGCAGAGGAGGCCAUCAAGGGUCUGAACGGACAGAAGCCGUCCGGAGCUGCCGAGCCCAUCACUGUCAAGUUCGCCAAUAACCCAAGCCAGAAGACCAGCCAGGCUCUUCUGUCACAGCUGUACCAGUCCCCAAACCGCAGAUACCCAGGCCCCCUGCACCACCAGGCCCAGCGCUUCAGGCUGGACAAUUUGCUUAAUAUGGCCUAUGGCGUAAAGAGGUUCUCCCCCAUCACUAUCGACAGCAUGACCAGCCUGGUGGGCAUGAACAUCCCAGGCCACACAGGGACGGGCUGGUGCAUCUUUGUCUACAACCUGUCCCCAGACUCAGACGAGAGUGUCCUGUGGCAGCUCUUCGGCCCAUUCGGCGCUGUCAACAAUGUCAAAGUGAUCCGUGACUUCAACACCAACAAGUGCAAAGGCUUCGGCUUCGUAACCAUGACGAAUUAUGACGAGGCGGCCAUGGCCAUCGCCAGUCUCAACGGCUACAGGUUGGGUGACCGCGUCUUGCAAGUCUCCUUCAAGACUAACAAGACACACAAGUCCUGAACUCUGAGCGGAGCGAGCAGUGACCCCACCACCAGGGGUCAAAAUUGCCCCUCGACCUCCACCCUUCCCUUAGGCCCUUCCACGACCACACUAUAACAGCCA